AUGCCUGUUUACGACGAGGGAGUUGCAAGUUUCUCUUCAAGUAUGUACAGCAUCGAUCUCCAACGACUGAGGUUCUCGCUAGGACUACCUGAUCAUACUUCGACGCUAUUCUGGCUUGAUAUCCUAUGUAUCCCAACGAAGUAUCUUGCAGAAAUUAACGACGUGGAGCUGUCCCAAUUACGCGAACAUGCUAUAUCUCAAAUCCCUGUGGUUUUUGCAGGUGCCGCACAAACACUAGUUCUAGACGCCGAGCUCCAGACCUUACGAUUGUCUGGCUCGCAGUUUCCAGAGAUAUCGGCACGGCUGCUGGGUAGUCAGUGGGCAAGUAGAGCAUGGACAUUUCAGGAGUCAGCACAUGCCUUGAAGUGUCGUGUCCAACUAGCCGACGGCGCUCUAGAUCCGGUAGACAAACUUCUUUGGCUUCGAACAUGGGAAGGAUUUCGAUUCCGCGCUCGAGGAGGCGUGAGGGUUGGUCUUCACUUUAAAAAGUCCAGUUUGAACCAUUGCUCGGCUCGAAAACUUUUGGAAAAACAUCUUCUAAAAGCCUUUCAAACCCAUCUCAUGCUAUGGUUUCCACCCAAAGUAAACUAUGAAGAAAGAUCUAACGACGAGCAAGUCCUCAUUUUCAUACGGACCUGGAAUGAACUACUUCUCCGCUCGACAAGCAAGGUCAGGGAUUUGGAUCUGAUCUUAGCUAUGGCUCUGAAUCUUCCUCUCUAUACGAUCCUAGCUCUACCCACUUCACAGCGUCUGCGAUAUAUACUCUGGAGUUUGGAUCGCGUUCCUCUCAGCUUGCUUUACAUUCCACGCCCACGGAACUCGACUAGCAGCACGCUUAAUUCUUGGGCUCCUGAGACUAUCCAUGAAUCUAGCUCGCGUGCUUUGUAUCCGCUUGCAGCUCGGGACUUUGGAGAGUUUUCUGAUGAACAGGACCUUCUUACUUUUCAUCUCAAGACCGAUGAAGAUCUGAUCAUAGUUCCUUUGACUGGGGAGAUACCCAAUACGCCUUGUCUGCGACUGCAAACCGCUCGUGGGAAACAUCAAAUUUUGUUUCAUCGUCCAUCUACAAUUGUCCCGGAUACAUCGUACUCCCUAGGGAAGCUUCUAGUGAUUGACCCGCGCUCGGUAGCAGCAGAAGGUCUACAAUGCAAACAUCCCUGGAAGGCCGGCUGCUCCUUCAAUGUCAAAGAGGCCCGAGCUGUGGGGAAAUUCGAAUGGGAACUGCGUUUGAUCUACGAUGGCGCGAUUUCUGCCCUGGAAGAAAAAAACGAAGACCAAAAGCUCUGUGAUCAUUGUCGGGGAUCUGACGACUAUGGGUCCUCUGGUCCCGUGUUAUUUCAACAAAAUUCCAACAACUCAGAAGACCAGGAGUCAUGGACCAGUCUACUAGUUACGAAUCUCCAUUUAUCCAUGCCAUGUGGUAUGUACCUUGCUCCUACGAACGCAUGA